CGUUCUGUGCCGGUUACGGCGAGGCACAGCGAGGCGAGAGAAGAUGCGAUGCGCGAGGCGGGAAAUGACAGUUUAUUAAAUUAGAGUCACCAUGGCGACCGGUGGUCAAGGAAAUGGGUGACCGCGGGCAGUCGAAGUCCGAGUCGGACGGUGCAUUUAGCGGUCGAUCGGCGCCGGUUUCGGUCGCGCGACGGCAACUAUACAUUAUAAUAAUUACGACUACAACGGCGGCGACGAGACAAAUAUGACGGCGACGAGACAAAUAUGACACGGUGACGUAACGUAGCAUAACGUAAAUGUGAUUCUCUGUUUCCGAAAGCGGGAGAGACAGGAAGAAGGAGAGAGAGAGGGAGAGAGAGAGAGAGAGAGAGAGAGAGAGAGAGAGAGAGAGAGAGAUAUGUAACAAUCACGUGUCUCGUCGAUCGAAUUGGUCUCGUACACCUACGACACAUACAGACAACACGUGUACACAUGCAAACACACACAUACGAUCUCGCGAUCGCACGUGCGGCCCGAUGAAAAAUCGUCGCUCUUCCGUAGCAGCGAGCGCCAGCUGUAGCGAAGCGCACGAUCGAUCGGCACGGGGGCUGGCUCGAUGCGUCGAUCGACGGCCAGUUCGUGAUCGUUGGUGUUGGUGAUUUGUUGACAAACGUCGGCACUCGCGCGAGGAUUCCGUGGCGUUAUCGUCGUCGUCGGAAGUUAAUCUCGUGAAUAAUAUUCCUCUUGAUUUAUGGGCCCGUGUAAAUAGUGCGAUUUUCUUGAAUGUUUCUUCCUGUGCCGCGAGAUCGCCGCCUUUUUCGCCCGUGCCUCGGGCGUGGGUGUUUGAGGCGACAGAGUCGUGUUGCGGUGCUGUUGUAUGUGCUGAGGGAAAACACGGACAAUGAGAACUUCGCGACGAUUGUACACGAGGGAUCGGGUCUCGCGAGUACACGUGUGUGUAUGUGUGUGUGCGCGCGCGCGCGCGCGUACGUGUGCGCACGUUUUACUUAUCGCUAUUAAUAAGGAGCCAAAAACAACUCAACUCGCGGAGUUAAGCGUGUAUCGGCGUAAAGAAUAAACGAAGGAAAUGCUUCGCAGAGCUGCCGGCGCCCGUAAAGACGCACCCCCGCUCGCAGCUUCCCGCGAUUCAUCAAAGAUUUAAUGUUUAUCAUAUUAGCCUUUGGCGCUGGCUCUGCGCGCUACCGCGCUCGUGAUUUUGCGCCUCGCUUUAACUCGCGCGAGCUUUGCAACCCUUGCGAGCGAAAAUUCGGAUAUGCUGUAACCGAGUGAAAAAAAUUAAUAAUCCUAUUACUGUCAUUGCGGAUAGCAAUAAUGAUGAGACAAAAAUGAGUGAAACGCUGGAAUAAAUUGGUCGAGGCGCUCGACGCGGGUCCACGCGAGCCUUACACAUACACAUACACACGCAAUACACGCACGAUCGAUAUCGCGCAUUCAUCAUCGAACAGUCGUCCCCGAACGUGCGAAAUUUGUCACGGCCGCCGGCGAGACACGCGACGCGAGAGACGCACGCGAAAUCUAUUAUCGGCAAAAUCGGGGGAUAUGAAAUUUAUCAGGAAUCCGAGACGCGUUCAGAUGCGUGCUUCGCCGGCGCGGGCGAAGGGGGAAGAUUGCUCAGAGGCACGAUUUUCUCCCGCACGUCAAUCCGUCUUUCUUGCAGACGACACUUUCAACGUGGUGAAAUCCGCACGCGCCCCACGUCGAUUGGAAAACGUAAGGAAUCGCCGGGCGAUGUUUUAUCUGGACAGAAGAGGCGAUACCACCGCUGCCGGCAGCGCGAAAUAUGACUCAUCGGUGCCGUCCAAUGGGAAAGAGAAUUUCGGCUGGUGGCUGAGCCAUUGGAAAAUCGCGCUGUCGCCCAGGUCGCGCUACGACGUCGACCAUCGAUCACCAUCCGGGUUGCCUACGUCGAUGUUGUCCUACAUCGACUCGGACGACUCGAGUGGCUGCAUCUUAGCGCAGAAACCGCCGGCCAGCCGGCAUUGGGAGGGCGAAAAAAUCGAGCUCCGUAUGUUCACGCGGGAUGAUCUGGAUGUCGAGCUGAUCGAGAGGAAAGCGCCUGGAGAAACGGACCGUUCGCCCACGAGCGUGACUGACGACGGGUGCAGCGCGAGAAACGAAUCGGAGCCCGGGGCCGUCCGCUGCAGUCCGGGAAGACAGAUUCGAUGUCAAGAGUACCGGAUCCCCGCGCCGUUUUCCCGCCGAUCGUCGAGGGCGAGACGCGCGCCGGAGGUCGAAAGUUGCCGGGCACGCUUGAGCUGCAGCCUCAUCGAUUCCAAGCGUAUCGGUGCCACGCAGUCGAGGACGAUUCCGGAGCUGCACUCUGCGCGCGCGAGGACGCGCGCGACCUCCUCGUCCGUAAUCGCGAGCUUGCGACACGCGGACGGCGCUUUCGCCGCGGAAGCGAGAUCGAGCGAGGAUCUCGCGGUCGAGCGGGACCACUGUGUGUCAAGUGCGGAAACCAUCAGCGGCAUCGGGCCGAACUGCGACAGGCUGAACGCCAACUGGGACGUCCGCAACGGGCCGGACACUCGUCUGUAUUCCUUGGAGGACACUUCGAGCGUACAGAGCAACGAUUGCAGCUCAGACACGCAGAGCAAACCGCCGAUGUGCCUCUGCGAUGAGCUGGCGAUCGCAUCGAACGACCGGGUCGCCGAUUACGCGAACCACCGAGACACCGCCGCCAUCAACGAAGUGGCGUCUAUCCUCGAGAGCCUUCAGAGCGAUCCCGAAAAGGCGACGGUCCUCUUGGAGGAGGAGGAUCGAUUCUGCGACUGCAAGUCCUCUCACGACCAAUUAACCAGGCUAGCUCUGGCUAUAGAGACGGACGCGGAGGAGGAGGUACCGGCGAUUCUCGACGAUCCGAAUAAUUGGCUACGCCAGCUGCGCGAUAAGAUAGAACGGCUGCAGCACGGCCACAAAGAGAUCCGCGGCGACAUACGCGGUUUACAUGGGGACUUUCAACGCGACGAGAGGAAACUUAGCGACGUGUCGGGCGACACGACGAGGCUGCGAGGCGAGAUCCGCGAACUGCGAUAUCUCGACGAUCUGCUUACGCUCAUACAGGGGGAGCUCGCGAGGAUAUCCAGGAGAAAUUGGCCGUUCGUCCUGGGCAACAGCGAGCCGCGCGAAGAAGUCAAUCUAAUCGUCUGAUCCUAAGCACGAGGAUGAACGAACGAACGAAUCGUCGCCGAAUGUCGUGAACAGUUGAUACGAAGAAUCUCGCGUGGCCCUCCUUCGUAAUUAGCACAAAAGCUCGACCAGUGAGUCUCUCGAGACGAACACGACAAUUUCAUCACUAGCCGGAUAGUCGACGCGUACGAUUCGAUGAGCGAUACUUCGUUCGAUGCGAUAUUUUCUCCGCACGGCGGUUCAUGAAAUCCGAAGAGGAACAGAAGCCACGCAUCCAUCUGAAAGAGAAAUCGCGCCGAUCGAGUCGCCUUGGUGUUGCGUCACUGUGAAUGAAAGUAUUGGCAGUGAUAGUGUAUUUUGUUACUAAACAAUUUAUUAUUUAUACGUCGCAUAUAUUUGGAUCCAUGUACACACAGCACCGAGUAAAAAAUUCCUAAUACGAUACAUUCGUGUCCUAUACGUUCGCCGUUUUUACGCUCUCUCUCUCUCUCUCUCUCUCUC